AUGGCAGACGCUACCGGAAUCCUGGUUUUCGGGGACGCCCCCGAGGGACAGCUGGCUUCUACCGCGCAGGAACUGCUUUCCGCCGGCCGCUCCCUGGCCGACAGCCUGGGCCAGGAACUCACCAUCGCACUGUUGGGCGCCGACGUUGCCGACGCUCCCCAACAGGCCAUCGCCCACGGCGCCGACAAGGUGCUGGCGGUGACAAAUCCCACACUGGCCGAAUACCAUCCAGAUCAUUACGUCACUGCGAUGCAGACCGUAGCCAACGAAAGCAACCCUGGGAUCAUCCUGAUUGCCCGCAAUAACGAGGGACGCGAGUUGGCGCCCCGGCUGGCAUUCCGCCUGGGAGUGGGUCUCGCCCAGGACUGCCUCGAAGUGUCCGUCGAUGCCAGCACCGGUCGCUUGCUGGCAAAUCGUCCCGUCUAUGGUGGCAGCGCCGUUGCGGUGGUCAGCUGCACCCAAACGCCUCAAAUCGCCGCGCUGCGUCCCAAGACCUACGAACCCCUCGAUGCCGAUGCCGCACGGACCGGGAAUGUGAUCGCGUUCCCGGUGGACAUCGAUCCUUCCGAUGCCAAAACCCGCGUCGUCGACGUUGUCAAGGAACAAGCGGUAGGGAUCAAGCUGGAGGACGCCCGGAUAGUCGUGUCCGGCGGGCGCGGUCUCGGCGGACCCGAACCCUUCUCCCAACUGGAAGAACUGGCCAACCUGCUCGGUGGCGCGGUUGGCGCCUCUCGCGCCGCCGUGGACUCCGGCUGGGUUCCGGCCAAUCAACAGGUAGGGCUCACCGGCAAAACCAUCACCCCGGAUCUCUACAUCACGGUCGCAAUCUCCGGAGCCAGCCAGCACAUGGCCGGUUGCAGCGGUUCCAAAGCCAUCGUCGCCAUCAACCGCGACGCCGACGCCAACAUCUUCAAGGAAGCCCGUUACGGCGUUGUUGGCGAUUGGGAAAAGGUUAUUCCCGCCCUCAUGGAAACCGUCCGCGAACUUACCCAGUCCUGA